CAUGCCGUUUCUCUUCAACUUACAAAGCAAGUAAAGAUGUUGAAAUAAUGUUUAUAAUUUUGACAGCUCACAGAAGCCACGCCCAGAUUCUGGUUCCUAGUAUUGUAUUGGCCAGACUGCCGGACACUGAGGUCCGUAUUGGCUGUUUUUCUUUCACAAGAAAGAACUCAGAAGAGAUUUGGAAUAUUAGGUUACAGUGUGGCAAAAUGGCGACUGUCAUUCAGAAUCCGCUUAAAGCGCUCGGGGACCAGUUCUACAGGGAGGCCAUUGAGCACUGUCGCAGCUACAAUGCCCGCUUGUGUGCGGAGCGCAGCGUACGCAUGCCCUUCCUGGACUCUCAGACGGGCGUAGCUCAGAACAACUGCUACAUCUGGAUGGAGAAGCGGCACCGGGGGCCAGGGUUGGCAGCAGGUCAGAUGUACACCUACCCAGCACGUUGCUGGAGAAAGAAGAGGCGACUUCACCCACCACUUGACCCCCAGCUUCGCCUUUGUGAACUCCGACUCGAGGCAGAGCUGAUGGCCAAGAGAGAAGCCCCGGCGACGGAGGCCACGGCCCUGGAAGCACUGUUACGAGGUGAUGGGAUCUUGGACAAGAGGAACAAUAACUCCAAAGAGGAAGAGACACUACUGGAAAUCCAGAGGGUGCUUGAGGCAGAUGAAAAUGGUGAUGGUUUCCAUGACGAUGAAGAUUUUGAAGUGGACACACCGAAGAGGAAGCAUCGAAACAAAGGCAGGGGUCGAGGCUCUGCACGCAGGCGAACAGAGGCAGUGGCCAACGACGAUCAGGAUAAACCCUACGUGUGUGACAACAGAUACAAACAAAAGCAUAACUCAAAAACCGCUGACUCAGGUAUUCAGCCAUGUUGCCAUCUUCCUCUUGCUCGGACAUGUGAGCUAUGCUAAUGACAAGGCUAAACAGUUAAUGCUCAUGUCGGGGAGAGAUUAUUAGCAUAAAUCUACUGGUUCAGUCUUUUCUCUGUUGCUGCUAUUGAUAUUUCACGCUGCUUGCCAAAGCUCUCAUGCAUGGCUAUCAACACUGCUGCUAAAAUACCAGAGCUUGAACAUGUAGCCUUUUCAUUGCUACAUCUAGAUUGCAGACCCUCUUCUAGGUCAAAUCUGCUGCAAUGCUGGAAUGAUUGACUCUGGAUGUGCAGUUUGCUGAAAUGAAAUGCAUGUAGUCGCUUCCCUUUUCCAUACUAUAUGUUCUGCCUGUACACAGCUGUACGAUUCAGCAGUCCAUACAAAAAUAAGAUCUGUUACAUCAAAUACUAGCUGCCUAAAGGUGCACUAAGUACAUUUUCCACAGAAAUUAAUACCAUUAAUAUGAUUUGAAUGAUGAAAUAUGAUUCAUGAUUCAUUUAUUUAUCUCAUGAGAUAGACAUAUCACUGACCAAUAAAAUCGGUUUUAUUUAUUUAUUUAUUUAUGUUCACAAUCUCACAAACCUUAUAUAUGUUCACAAUCUCACUUUAGCAUACUUUUUAAUCAGUGUUAAUUUCGUUGACGAAGACUAUGACGAAAAAUAUUCGUCAACUAACCUUUUUCACGGACGAAAACUAAAUAAAAACUAAAUAAAAAGUCAGAUAUGAUGACGAAAAACGUGACGAAAUAUAACUGACACUUUAGUCAACGAAUAAAAAGGAGACGAAAAUAUAUGGGAGGGACGAAUGGAGAAGAGAUCCAAUCAGAGCGAAUCUUUGAGGGUAGGUUGAUCUAUGCAGAAGCAGCCGAGCCAUUUUAAAAAGCCGCGGCAAAUGCAAGCGCAACAGCUAAACAAAGCAGCAGUUACACAGAAAAGAGAACAAAGAUGAGUUUGCAGAAAUUCGCACAGUUUCGAGGACGUUUUCAUAACAGUUAAGUUGUUUACACAGGGAACUACACUGCGACCUUUUGAAAUGCCAUUGCGACCCAAAUUUUCAUGGGGUCGUAAAUGUAUCAGUGAUUAUUUUUUAACCUACUUAUGUGUAAUGCUAUGUUUUAAUAUGAGCAUUUAUUAAAACAGAAAUGUGUAUUUUAAGAAUACGUUUUAUAACGUGCUCCGAGCAUUCAACACAUCAAGUUGGCUUCAGCCCCGCGAUGCAGUAACGCUGAACUGAGCAGCUGGUGACUCGCGCAACACUGAACCAAGCUCUCUUUCAGGACGUUUGCGUCCUACUGCACCUGAACGAACAAAUACAAAUCGCAUUUUAAAUAAACAUAAGAAAAAGAGCGAAAAGUGAAAGAGCUCAAUUCAGCAGCGCGGUGUUCUGGUGUUCAGGGAGCAAGCAGAGACGCGUCUCAAAGUCUUCUUGCUUU